AUGAGCGAGGCUUUCCUAGCGGCGCUACGAAGUCGCGUCGCUGACAACGAGUACAUUGCGCAUAUCAAGGUCCAUGAGUACCCAGAAGGAGUCACUCCCGGCCCUGAUACCACGUACAAGACAAGGUACAUCAUACUAAGUGCGAGCCCCAGCACUCGGCGUGGCUUUGUGUACAAAGCGCGUCGGAAUGCCAACGACACGUACAGUAUAGGCAAAGAAUGGGAUGCUGGUCAAGUACGUGAGCUUGCGCUAGAGCCUUCGAACUCUGUCAUUGUCACAUUCACGCGGUCCUACCGGUGGGAAGUCGAUCCUGCGCAGGACCCAUUGCCAUUCUUGACGAACUUGGCAAUCAUUGUGCAGAAAUUGCAGGGCUCAUUCCCAGGCAUGCAUGGCUGGCAACUUCCGCCGGAAGUGCUGGAGGAAUUCGCACCGAAUGCCUCACCGACCAACGCAGCACCUGCCCCUGCACCGGCCCAUGCGCCUGCGCCUAUGCCUGUGCCAGCACCAACGCCGACGCCGACGCCCGCCACGACAGCAGCAACGUCCGUGGCAGCACCCACGCCUGUCCAUGCGCGCACACUGCCAUCGUCUGCACCUCUCUCUGCACCUUCUCCCAUCUCCACUCCGCCAGUAGCCACAGCGAGCGCCUCGUCGCACUCGCCUGCACACGGUUUGCCGCCACAGCCUGCGAUGGUGUCCACACGCGCUCCAUUGGAACGCAAAUUGACGCGGCCACGCGCUGCACAGGCGCCGACGAAGACAACCCUGGGACGUGAUGACGAGUCCAGUGCCCUAACACACGUCGAGGAGAUGUUGGAAGGCUUUGAGUGGAAGAGCGGUGGACGUACCGCAUCGGCAGUACGGCAGCAUCAGGUAGGUACGGCUGACGUCAUUGAAGCACGCCUGCUGGAAGAACUGGCCGCCUUGGAAUCGUCGGGCAUUCAUGCUAUGAUCGAGCCGGACGAUCGUGUGAUGCAAGUGCUCAAGCAUAUGGACGAAGCGCUCUUGCAGCUGGAUCGUUUGGAUGCUAGUGUGUCUGGCUACAAGAUGCAGCUGCUGGGUCGCGCCGAAGAUAUUGCGUUUAUUGAGAGCCAGAACCGUGGACUACAAGUGCAGACGUCGAAUCAGCAGCGGCUGCUUCAGGAAGUCGAAGUGCUCUUGUCGACCAUUCGCGUUGACCACCAAGCCAUGCAGAAACUGCAGAGUGUACAUUUGGGUGCCGACGCGAAUGCCUCGGAACUGGAGUCAGCGGCGGUGUCGUUGUACAAAAGCAUUCUGCAAGCCCGCCCAGAUCGACAUGCACGCACUACGCCUGCCGACAAGGCUGCAAUGGAUCAACACUUGGCCCAGUCGCAAGCUGUGGCGGCCGACUUCAAUGCACGCUGUAUCCAGUCGUUCGGCGCCGUGCUGGAACGGGCCGUGGCGACGCAGCUCUCCGACGCACAGGCGACUCGUCAGUCCAGCGGCGCUGAAGCGACGAUGCCGCGUCACGACCUGCUGGAAAAGGCACUGGAUCCCUAUUGUGGUCUCGCGCUGUACCUCAAAGAAACGACGCCCGACCUGUUUGAAAAGUUCACAGACGCGUACCUGUCCUCGGCCGCGCACUGUUACCGCGUCGAGCUGCAGCGUGUGCUGCAAGGCACCACUACGCAGCUGGCGUCGCGGACGGGCGCCCGUCCCUCGCUGGAUGCGCGAACGGCGGACCAUGCACCGAGUCUGGCAUUGCAGCGGAUUCUAUCUUCGCUCCUGCCACGCGUAUCUGCGGAAUGCUCGUUCCUGGUGGACCUGCUACAGAUCAACGAUGCUACCGUCACGUUUGCCGACUAUAUGGACCUGGAGCCGUACUUCCGCCAUCGUGCGGCUGUGACGAUGCCGAUCCCCAAGCAAAGUCCGCAGCAGGCCAUGAGUCAAGCGCUCGAUACCAUCUUUUCCGCGCUGAUCCCUGACUUGGACACCUUCCUCACCAAGGCGCAAGCCAGCAACCGUUGGGCGAUUGUCGGCCUUGUAGCAGAAAUGGAGCAUGCGCAGCGUGCUGCCAUGCAGGCUCAGGGCGGUGGCCAAGCGCUGGUGCAUGUGCUCUCACGCAUGAUCUCUCGGCACAUGGCCGAAGUCGUGCAGCUGCUGGACGACCAACUGGCCGCCUUCGAGCAGACCAAAGUCUCGACCAAGAAACGUACUGGCAUCCUUCCUGUGUUUGCUGCCUUCCCUGCGUUUGUGCAGCGUAUGGAGCAGCAAUUGAGCGAUGCGGAUGACUUGCAAGUGCGUGCUACUGUCGAUGCCGGCUACGAGCGACUGAGCCGUACCAUGAUCGCGACGAUCCAAACACUCCCACGCAAUGCGCAUGCCAUGGACGACGACAAAGGCCAGCUCAAUCACUUUACGAUCCUCCUCGAAAACAUGCACUACAUCAGUGUGCGCAUUCGGCCUGGCAUGCCGCCGAACCCGGCCCUGGCCCAGCUGCAGUCGCAGGCCCAGCACCUGUUGAAGACGUCGCGCGAUGGAUACGUCCAAAGCGUCUUGCGCCGACCUCUCGGGAAGGUGAUGGACUUUGGGCACGGCGUGGACGCGCUGCUCCCUACGACGCCAGCCAACGAAGUGGCCCUGCACAGCGCCUUUAGCAAGUCCGCGGCCAAGAAACUCCUUCGUGACUUGACCGUGAAGGACACACGCAAGGCGGUAGAGGCGCUGUCGAAACGCGUGCAAAAGCACUUUGACGACGAUGAGGUGUCCGCUUCGGCCGUCACGGCAGAACGUGAUGAAAUUGCCGAUGUCCUCUCACAGGUCUGGCGCGCGGCCGAAGACGCGUACGUCCGCGAACUUGACCGCUUUGCCCGUAUCCUCAAGACGUGCUACCCGGACAACCACUUGCACAUGGACGUGACCACGAACGAUGUCCGUCGUCUCUUCCAGACGAUGCAGCCUACCCUUCGACGCAAGUAG